AUGUGGAGGACUCUGGACCGCGGAUGCUGGGGGAUCUGCUGCUUAUCCCUGCUGGCGACUGUAGUCUGCGGAGCGCAAAGUGCCAACGAACCUAGCAACAUGUCAUAUGUGAAAGCCACCGUGGACAAGCUGCUGAAGGGCUAUGACAUCCGUCUGCGGCCUGAUUUUGGAGGCGCCCCUGUGGAUGUUGGCAUGAGCAUAGACAUCGCUAGUAUUGACAUGGUGUCUGAAGUCAAUAUGGACUACACCAUCACCAUGUACUUCCAGCAGUCGUGGAGAGACAAGCGCCUCUCCUACACAGGCAUUCCUCUCAACCUCACUCUGGACAACCGGGUGGCAGACCAGCUGUGGGUCCCUGACACCUACUUCAUUAAUGACAAGAAGUCCUUUGUCCACGGGGUGACGGUGAAGAACCGGAUGAUCAGACUGCACCCUGAUGGAACUGUGCUCUAUGGUCUCAGGAUCACGACGACAGCUGCCUGCAUGAUGGACCUGCGCAGAUACCCACUGGAUGAGCAGAACUGCACCUUGGAGAUUGAGAGCUAUGGAUACACCACUGAUGACAUCGAGUUCUACUGGCAGGGAGGAAGCAACAGAGGUUCAGUCACUGGGGUCGAGAACAUCGAACUGCCCCAGUUCUCCAUCAUAGACUACCAAACGCUCUCCAAGAAGGCCGUGUUUGCCACAGGUUCUUAUCCACGUCUGUCCCUGAGCUUUAAGCUGAAGAGGAACAUUGGCUAUUUUAUCCUGCAAACCUAUAUGCCCUCCACCCUGAUCACCAUCCUGUCCUGGGUCUCCUUCUGGAUCAACUAUGAUGCCUCGGCUGCCAGAGUAGCCUUAGGUAUAACCACGGUGCUAACCAUGACCACCAUCAAUACGCACCUGAGGGAGACUCUACCCAAGAUCCCCUAUGUCAAGGCCAUUGACAUUUACCUCAUGGGUUGCUUUGUGUUUGUCUUUCUGGCCUUGCUGGAGUACGCCUUUGUCAACUACAUCUUUUUCGGUCGAGGUCCUCACCUGCAGAAGAAGGUGGCAGAAAAGGCUGCCAAGUCCAACAACGAGAACAAGAGCAGACUGGAAAGCAACAAAGUGCAGGUUGAUGCUCACGGCAACAUUCUUCUAACCAACCUAACCAGCGAGAUGGGUGGAGCAGAUAUGAUGGGAGCGCUCAACGACCCUCGGGCUACCAUGUUCUCUUACGAUAGCGCCAGCAUACAGUACCGCAAGCCCAUGACCAGCCGAGACCUGUAUGGACGACCGGCCAUUGACCGGCCAAUAGGCCACAAGAAGGGUCGCUUGCGGAGGAGGGCCUCGCAGCUCAAAGUCAAGAUCCCCGACCUCACGGAUGUCAACGCCAUAGACAAAUGGUCUCGUGUCGUCUUUCCAAUCGCAUUCACCUUCUUCAACCUAGUCUACUGGCUUUAUUAUGUCCACUAG